AUGGAGGCUGCCGCUCAGCACCAGGUGCGCACGCCGCAAGAGGCUGUCGCCAGAAUCGCAUACCUCGCCUCCGACGUCGUCGUCUCUGUCCAGCCCUCGCUCGCCACCGACUCUGAAUUCUCCUCCCAUCUCAAGCGAUAUGCUGCCCGCAAGGACCGCAGUCUUGUCGCUGCCGGCGCUGGCGCUGUCCCGGAUAUCCUCUCUGUCCGCCACAAUGCUGACCCGCUGCUCUCCGUCUUCACCCCGAUCCGCUCCGGCAAGCUCGUCUCCGUCACCACGCCCUCCUCGGUCCUCCUGCCCGCCGUCUCCCACCUCUACAAGCUGGCCAAUUAUCCCGUAGUCCUCCACGUUGCCCUCCAGCCCCGCAACUUUGCCGACUACUCCGUCAUCACCGCCAUCCGCAACUCGGGAUGGACCUUUGUCCAGUCCGAGACCCUGCAGGAGGCACAGGACAUGGCCAUCACGGCCCAUGCCCUCGCCGUCCGCACCGGCAAGGGCGUCAUUCACUUCUUCGCCCCUGACACCUCUUCCCAGGACGAGCCGGUGACCGUUGAGGAUGCCAGCGUCGUGGGGAACCUCCUCGACCUGGACAGCGUGCGCCGCUUCCAGUCCGGCUCCGUUGCCGCCGCCGGCUUAUACGCCGACGACGGCCAUGUCGCCGUCUCUUCGGACCACCCAGAGGUUGCCCCCAACGCCACCGGCGACAGCGUCGCCAACCUGCGUCCGCCUGCGAGUGCCGAUGCGUCCAAGUUUGCUUCCACCGGCACGUCGGUCAAGUCCAGCCAGGCCAGCCAGGCCAGUGACGCUGGCACCCCCGGCGCUCCCUCAUCCGUCGCCACCACUGUCGAGUCGGCCCCGCCGCCCGUGACCUCCGAAGACAUUUACACGUGCGCCACCCGUAUCUGGACGAGCCUCAACUCUGCUGUCGGCCGCCAGUACAACGCUUUCGAGUAUACCGGCCCGGACAAUGUCCAAAACUGCCUCUUCAUCUUUGGCUCCGAUACCGGCACCUUUGCCCAAGUCAUUGACAACGCCAAGCCCGACGAGAUCUUUGCCCACACUGGCAUCGUCACGCCUCGCCUCUACCGCCCCUGGCUUGGAUCCAAGCUCGUCGAUGCUCUCCCCAAGACCAUCAAGCGCAUUGCCGUUCUCGAGCAGAUUCACCGCAAGACCACCAAAUGGGGUCCUCUGCUGAUUGACGUCGUCUCCUCCAUCAAGAGCGGCCCCGGCGGCGUUGAGACCAUUGUUGGCCACCAGCUCGGCUACAUUGCCGCCGAGGCUGCUGACCAAGCUCUUCGUGGCAUUCUUCAGAACCUCACCUCCGAGGCCCCCCUCCAGAACCUCGAGGUCGGCGUACGGGACGCCCCCGCUGAACGCAGCGACUAUGUCCUGUCCAUGCCUGCUCUGGAGACGGCCUACAACAAGAUUCUCGACCAGCUCUUCGGCAAGCGAACGCACAUUGCCAACGCUCUCCGAUCCCAAAACACCGGCAUUUCUUCUACUGUCGCUGCCACCCCCGAAUUCGGCUUCGGUUCCCUCAUUGCCCGCAAGGAGCUGCGCAAGACUUUCAUCAGCGAGGUCAAGGAGGCCGCCAAGAGCAACGAGUUCAUCACCGAUGGCCCAAAGAACUGGCUUGCCAAGUGGGCUGUCGCCUCGGAUGAUCUGUCCAAGUCUACCGAGAUUGCCGACGACGUCAUCUCCCGCCUCCAGACGGACGGCUCGCCCAUCUCUCACAGCCUGCUCAAGAAGCAGGGCCUCUUCCGCAAGGAGUCGCUCUGGCUCGUCGGCUCCGAUGCCUGGUCCUAUGACCUCGGCAACUCAGGUGUGCACCACGUUCUCGCCUCUGGUGAAAACGUCAACAUGCUCAUCAUCGAUUCUACCCCCUAUUCUGAAAAGUCCAAUGCCGACGCCAACCGCAGAAAGAAAGAUAUUGGUCUCUACGCCAUGAACUUUGGCAACGUCUAUGUCGCCUCGACUGCUGUCUACAGCUCUUAUACCCAGGUCCUCCAGGCCAUGCUCGAGGCUGACAAGUUUGACGGUCCCUCCGUUGUUAUGGCUUACCUGCCCUACUUUGGCGAGUCUGACUCUCCCCUCACCGUUCUCCAAGAGACCAAGAAGGCUGUCGAUGCUGGUUACUGGCCUCUGUACCGAUGGAACCCCGAGAACGAGAAGAAGGGCGAGCCCAACUUCUCCCUCGACUCCGAGCUCAUCAAGAAGGAGCUCAAGACCUUCCUUGCUCGUGACAACCAGCUCACUCAGCUCAUGAACAAGGAGCCCCAGUUUGCUGCCAGCCUGGCCCAAGACUUUGGUACCGAGGUCCGCGCUCAGCAGAAGCGCAAGGCUAAGGAUGCUUACAACCAACUUCUCGAGGGCCUUUUGGGAGCCCCGCUCACCAUUCUCUACGCCUCUGACAACGGCAACGCUACUUCUUUGGCCAAGAGACUUGGCAACAGAGGCCGUGCUCGCGGCCUCAAGACCACUGUUCUGGCCAUGGAGGACUACCCUCUCGAGGACCUUCCUACUGAGGAGAACAUUGUCUUCCUUACCUCUACCGCUGGCCAGGGAGAGUUCCCUCAGAACGGUCUCGCCUUCUGGGAGGCCAUAAAGGACAACACUGAACUUGAUCUUGCCACUGUCAACUACUCCAUCUUUGGUCUUGGUGACAGCCAUUACUGGCCACGCAAGGAAGACAGGAUCUACUACAACAAGCCUGCCAAGGAUCUCGACCGCGUUCUGACCAACCUCGGUGGCAAGCGCUUGGCUGACACUGGCCUCGGCGAUGACCAAGAUCCCGACGCGUACCAAACAGGCUAUUCUGAGUGGGAGCCCAAGAUUUGGCAGGCGCUCGGCGUCGACAACGUCUCCGGUCUUCCCGAUGAGCCUCCGCCCAUCACCAACGAGGACAUCAAACUGGCCUCCAACUUCCUUCGUGGCACCAUUCUCGAAGGUCUUGCUGACCCUUCCACUGGCGCCAUCUCUGCUGCCGAUCAGCAGCUCACCAAGUUCCACGGUACCUACAUGCAGGAUGACCGUGAUGUCCGUGAUGAGAGGAAGGCCCAGGGUCUUGAGCCCGCCUACUCCUUCAUGAUCCGAUGCCGUCUACCCGGUGGUGUUUCCACCCCCAAGCAGUGGGUCCAGAUGGACGAUAUUGCCAACGACCUCGGCAACGAGACGAUGAAGCUCACCACUCGCCAGACCUUCCAGUUUCACGGCGUCGUCAAGGGCAAGCUCAAGCCCGCCAUGCAGGCCAUCAACCGUGCUCUCAUGACCACCAUUGCCGCUUGCGGCGACGUCAACCGCAACGUCAUGUGCAGCUCGCUGCCCACCCAGUCCAAGUACCACCGCCAGGUCUUUGCCUGCUCCGCCAAGAUUAGCGACCACCUGCUGCCCUCGACCAACGCCUACCACGAGAUCUGGCUCAAGGACGAGAACGACAAGAAGACGCAGGUCGCCGGCGAGGCGAUCCAGGACUUUGAGCCGCUGUACGGACCUACCUACCUGCCCAGAAAGUUCAAGAUUACCAUUGCCAUUCCUCCCCACAACGACACCGACGUCUACGCGCACGACAUUGGCCUGAUUGCCAUCAAGGGCAAGGACGGCAACCUAGAGGGUUUCAACGUGCUUGCCGGCGGCGGCAUGGGUGCCACGCACAACAACAAGAAGACGUACCCGCAGACGGGCCGCAUGUUUGGCUACUGCAAGGCCGAGGACGUGCACAUUGCCUGCGAGAAGAUUAUGCUCGUGCAGCGCGACCACGGCGACCGCAAGAACCGCAAGCACGCGCGUCUCAAGUACACCAUUGACGACAUGGGCGUCGACGUCUUCCGCGGCAAGGUCGAGGAGCUCUGGGGCCAAAAGUUUGAGGCCGCCAAGCCCUUUGAGUUCAAGUCCAACGUCGACACCUUUGGCUGGGUCAAGGACGAGACGGGCCUGAACCACUUUACCUUCUUCAUCGAAAACGGCCGCAUCGAGGACACGCCCGACUUCCAGAUGAAGACGGGCCUGCGCGCCAUUGCCCAGGCGCACAAGGGCGAGUUCCGCCUCACCGGCAACCAGCACCUCAUCCUCAGCAACGUGCACGACGACGACCUCGACGCCAUGAAGGCCCUCAUGAAGCGCUACAAGCUCGACAACGUGCAGUUCUCCGGCCUGCGCCUCAGCUCCUCGGCCUGCGUCGCCUUCCCGACCUGCGGCCUCGCCAUGGCCGAGUCGGAGCGCUACCUGCCCGUGCUCAUCUCCAAGCUCGAGGGCUGCCUCGAGGACGCCGGCCUGCGCCAGGACUCCAUCGUCAUGCGCAUGACGGGCUGCCCCAACGGCUGCGCCCGCCCCUGGCUCGCCGAGGUCGCCUUUGUCGGCAAGGCCUUUGGCGCCUACAACAUGUACCUCGGCGGCGGCUACCACGGCCAGCGCCUCAACAAGCUCUACCGCUCCAGCAUCAAGGAGGACGAGAUCCUCGAUAUCAUGAAGCCGCUGCUCAAGCGCUACGCCGCGGAGCGCGAGGACGGCGAGCGGUUCGGCGAUUUCUGCAUCAGGGUCGGCGUCAUCAAGGCCACCACCGACGGGCAAAACUUUCACGAUGACGUCGCGGAGGAGGAGUCGGAGGAGGAGUAG